AUGCUGUGGGCAUGUUUUGCAAGAGCUCUCGCUGCCUUCGGUGACUGCAGUGACAAUAUACUUACGUAGUUCAGUCUCUUAUUUCCUUUAGAAUAUGCAGCAAUAAACUCCAUGCUGGACCAGAUCAACUCCUGCUUGGAUCACCUGGAGGAGAAGAAUGAUUAUCUACAUGCCUGCUUGAAAGAGCUGCUGGAGUCCAUCCGCCAGACCCGCCUGGAGUUCCAGCAGCAGAGCGAGCAGCAGAACAUGGAAGCUGAUGUGCAGGGAUCACAGCCUCCGGUUUAG